AUGUUUAGUCAAUUCACACGAAGCAUAUUCAAACACAACAUCUCCAGCACCACUAACAGAGCAAUGUCGAUUCUAAAAGUAGCUUACAUCCCGGAGCAUUUCUCAACCCCAUUGUUUUUCGCUCAACAACAAGGUUACUACGCAAAAUAUAACUUGUCAAUUGAGUUUGUUAAAGUGCCAGAAGGUAGUGGUCGAUUAAUUAAUCUUUUAAAUAAUGAAGAAGUCGAUUUAGCUAUUGGAUUGACCGAAGCAUUUGUUGCUGAUAUUGCCAAAGGUAAUGAUAAGAUCAAGUUAUUGGAUACUUAUGUGCAAUCACCAUUGUUGUGGGCAGUUAGUACUGGGUCCAAUCGAAAUGAGCUUAAGAAUGUGCAAGAUUUAGCCAAGUUUGGUAAAAUUGGUAUUUCACGUAUUGGAAGUGGUUCGUAUAUUAUGAGUUUUGUAUUGGCACAUCAAUUGGGCUUUGACAAAUUUAAUGAAUUCGCAGUCUGCUCUAACUUUAGAAACUUGCGUGAUUCAGUGAAUAAGAAACAACCAGAGGGUGGUUCUACUAGCUAUGAAAUUAGUGAUGCAUUCAUGUGGGAGUACUUUACUAGCAAAAAGUAUUAUGACUCAGGAGAAAUCAAACAAAUUGGAGAAAUAUACACCCCUUGGCCAUCAUGGGUUAUAACUGCAUCAACUAAAGCAGUCACCACUAAACAGCAAGAUAUUCACAACUUCAUAUCGUCGGUAAAUGAAGGUAUUGAGUAUUUCAACCAACAUAUUGACGAAGCGGUUGAUUAUAUUGCAUCUAAUUUGGAUUAUUCUGCUGAAGAUGCUCGUCAAUGGACGAAAACAGUACAGUUCAAUGAUAAAGUAGGACAAAAUCCAUUGGAUUGGGAAAAGAUUGUCGUCAAAACUACUAAUGUUUUGAAAGAUGCUGGUGUUUUACAAGAUAGUGAUGAUGUUAUAGGGAAGAGAUUGGAUGAACAUGUCCACAAGACUAACAUCUGA